AGCGCACCGCACGCGUGGAUGUGAAGCAGGAGGGGGAGGGCGAUCAUCAUCGCAUCAUCGUCGUCUUCGUCGUCGUGGAGUCAGGCCAGUAGGCAGGCACUGACCCUCCUCCCUUGAAUCCAACUCCACCUCCACACGUAUCCUAUCCACCAUUACCCACCAAACACCACCACGAGAUUAAAAAUCCUCUCUUUCUUCUCUAUAAAUCAAAGAUCUCUCUCUCCUCUCUCUCUUUCCACUUGGAUUUAUUCUCGAGUAUUUCCUGUCCCGUUUUGCUGUGGAUUUGGACCACGCGCAUGCAGCAACCAAAUCCCCAUCGGACCAGUCCCGGCAAUCUCCGGUGGAGGGCGAAAUCAAUCCUAAAUUAGCGCCCCGCCACCAAGAACUCCACUACAAGGCAAGGCAAGGCAAGGAUUCCCCAAUCCAAUCAUUCUCUCUCGCCGCAGGCAUUUGGCCCACUUCCCUCCACCACCACCAGAGAAAUCCCAAGAAAACCGAAAUCGGUCCUACGCCGCACCAGAUUACAGCCUCGUCUGUAAUCAUCAUCACCUGAGAAGAGCAAGAGGGAGAGCUCGGGCGGAAAAAGGAGGAAGCAAUGACGGAGGUGGCGCUGUUCCGGGGCCCGGCCAACCUCGCUUCCUCCGCAAGCCGCGGCUCCUCCUCCCCCUCCCCCUCCUCCUCCUCCCCGCGCUAUUUAGCCGAUAGCGACGUGCUCCAGAGACGAAGCAACGGCAGCAGCAGCGGCGCGGACAGCCCUGCAGGAUCCGCGGAGCGACAGGCCGGGGGAUCGGUGGAACAGGAGCGGUGGUCGUUCUUGGCGCUGCUGCUCGAGCUGCUGCGGAAGUCGCUGCUCGGGUGCAGGGUGGAGGGCGGCGCCGGCGAAGGCGGGAUGGAGAUAGGCCUGCCCACGGACGUCCAGCACGUCGCGCACGUCACCUUCGACAGGUUCCAUGGCUUCCUCGGCCUCCCCGUCGAGCUCGAGCCCGAGGUGCCCCGCCGCGCCCCCAGUGCCAGUGCCAGUGUCUUCGGAGUCUCAACACAAUCAAUGCAGUGUUCAUAUGAUUCUAGAGGAAAUAGUGUUCCGACGAUUCUCUUGAUGAUGCAAAGACGUCUUUAUGAACAAGGUGGUCUUCGGACAGAAGGUAUUUUUCGUAUAAAUGCAGAAAAUAGCCAGGAAGAGUUUGUGAGAGAUCAGUUAAAUAGUGGAACUGUGCCAGAUGGCAUUGAUGUUCAUUCUUUGGCAGGUCUAAUCAAAGCCUGGUUUAGGGAAUUGCCGAGUGGGGUGCUGGACUCUAUCCCACCUGAACAGGUGAUGCAAUGCCAAUCCGAAGAGGACUGUGCUCGGGUUGCCAAAUGCCUUCCACCAACUGAAGCAGCCUUACUUGACUGGGCCGUUAAUUUGAUGGCUGAUGUUGUCCAAGAAGAACAGAUAAACAAGAUGAAUGAUCGCAAUGUUGCUAUGGUUUUCGCACCAAAUAUGACCCAGAUGGACGAUCCUUUGACUGCACUGAUGUAUGCAGUACAAGUGAUGAAUUUCCUCAAGAUGCUUAUACAGAAGACCCUCAAGGAUAGAGAAGAGUCUAACCUGGAAGAUGCUUCUUUGCCACAAAAGGACCCGUCUGAUGAAAACGGGCAUCAGAACCCAAGUCUCCCCGUUAAUUCUCAACCUGAAGAACUAUCUGGGCGUUCUUCUUUCGUCAGGGAGGAGCCCCUUCUGUGCAGUCCUACACACAGCCCUGAAGAUAAGCCUAGUGGGAUUAAUCCUGCUGAAGAUGAUUCCGUUGCUUGCACUGUCCAGACAAGUAAUGUCCUGACGAGAAUAGAGAGCUCCGCCAGUUGCUCACAGCCUGGUCUUGCUGCUUCGUCCACUGAUGAUGCUACAUGCGCUACAGCUGUGAACUCACUUCAGGGCAGAGGGAGCCGUAGCCUGACUAGCAGGAGGACUAGAAAGGGCAAGCGGCAGUGUGGAACACCCACUGUGCCCCCAGCUGAGAAAUCAAGAGGCACGAGCAUAGUGAGCCGAAUAAACUCAAAGGUUGAACGGAUCGAAGCUUGGAGAUAGAAAUGCCAAUGUCAUUGCCGUUGUUUGUUGUGUAAUAGAUGACUGACCCAGUGUUUUCCUUGCACAUUUUGAAUUUUCAACGUCCUUUCGUGUUUGGACCAUGAUCAUGUUGGUUUGAGAUUCAUCCUGCCGCCUUCACUAACUUAUGUAUCUUGCUUAUGAGUAAUUUGUGGCUGUUUGAGUGAAUGAAAAGAAGGUCGUUGCUUCCUUGUA